ACGUAACCAAAAACAUUCUCUCUCUUUGCUACAGUUGAGAGUCGACUCCCGUUCUCGAGUUCUCCUCCGGAUCGACUCCGGCAGCGCUGCCGCUUGGAGAAGAGAUGGAAGGGAAACUCGUAUCGUUCAGAGUAGCAGUAGGCGUUUCAGCUUCAUGCUGGUGUUUGGCUUGAUGCCGGUAGGUGGGAACGGAGCGCUGGGUCUCGGCCGGAUCUGGUGCUGCAUAGGGUUCUUCCUUGCCGCGCUGAAGCUCCAGAGGUUGGAGCUUGGAGUGAUGGGGAAGGCCACGGUUUCCUUCAAUAAGGCCAUGGCUUGUGACCUCUUCUGGAUUCGACAGCUAUUGAUGCUUAUGCUCGCUCCGGCCGGCCAGGGUGGCGAGGGGAGAAAGGGCGGAGGCGUGAGGAUCUGUUGGUCCAGAAGUUGGUGGGGAUCGCUGCUGCUAGUUGGAGAUACACACAUGGUGGCUUUCAGCGCCUCCAUGAUCUUUGGCCAACAAGGCGGCCUCUCCUCGGUGCCGAUGAUGGGGCACCUAUUCAACCUCCUAUGGAGGCCCUUCUUCAGCGGAUCGGAGUCGGCAGUGUACUUCUUGUCCAUCCCAAGUGGCAGGUUCCCCGGUGAUGGAGAGGAAGGCCGGCGGCGUGGUCUGCUCAGUCGAUCUGGUGGAGGAAGAAGAUCAGGAUCCGAUUGCUUUUUCACUUUUUGUUCUAAGGUCUUCUCUGCAUAUUCCGAGGGCCACGUAGUAAUAUUCGUUUUUUCUGUAGUCCUCUAUGUAUCCCACCGAUUAUGAUAAUGCAGCACUGGGGGUCG